AUGAAUUCAAUAUCUUUGCUUUGCAUUUGCUUACUAGUUUUUGAUCUUUUUUCCGUUUUGUCUCUCGCUGAAACCAACAAGUACUCAAGGAAUGCUGGGAAAGAUACAACCAAAAGCAGCCCUUACUGGAGUUACUUCAAUACUCCACGCCUUCACUUUUAUGGCCGAUUUAAGGCCGAUGUAUCUACCGUCAAUAACAACCCAAGAAGCUUUGAUACGGAAGACUUCUCAGAACACGACGAAGACCUUCUGAGCUGGAACCCUAGGGGAACAGGGGAAUUUGGUGUACAAGGACGUAUCAGUCAACUUUGUUAUUACAAUGGCACAUGUUUAGCUGAUUCAAAGGUUGAUCCCAUAGUCGAAGGAGGUUUUUUGGGUAUGUUAUCUCGGACUGCAAACUAUAGCCAACAAAAACCACGUCGUGGAACAUACCGUGUACAGGUUACGCCAAUAUAUACCUUUACCAAUGGUGGCAACAAAACUUCCGCUAAGAUGGUUGACUUAGACACCCAGGCUCAGCUUUAUUCAGAAGUGUGGGGUUGGAGAGUUCAGAUUGGCGAAUAUUUCUCAGCUGAUUUUACUCCAUCACCCCUCCGACAUAUGUGGAAAAAGAAGAUUGGGCCUGCACAAGGUGACAACUCACUAGGAGCUGCCUUUCAAUCUGAAUUAACAAACAUCGAAUGGAACGAGAGUAAGACAGAUUCUACAUUCAUUAAGGAAUUGCGAUAUAUGAUGAAGAAUGAUAAAAACAUUGACAGUCAUCGGAUGUCUAUUCGUUUUAACUUGGAUUUGGCGGCUGAAAACGGUUACGGUCGUAUUGCGGGUUCGAUUGGAUUAAUGGGAAUCAAAUCUCCAUCUUUUUAUUCACAAGGACGAUAUGUGAAAGCCUUGACAAAUUUAGCGGAUGCUCCUUUCAUUGUAGACCAAAWAAUUCAGAAAGUAGUAUUUGAUUUUGGGAACUCUUUUCAAAUCGACGAAAAGGGUGAAUUUGCGGUCAACAAUAAGAGUGUAUAUGUUGGUGUCAAUCUGGACGGUACGGAAUCUACUUGCAGUUGUAGGGUCUUUUGGCUUGGGAAGGUGUUAUACCAGCUACCCUGGUGGUACCGCCGUUAUUCUGGUAUACAAUCCUUUCCAGAACUUGGGAUGUUAUCGCAAGAAGAGAUGGACAUCGUAAAUACUCACCCUUUGGUUGUCAUGGAGAUUUUCGGCGACAUAGAGCAGAUUUUGUAUGACUGUGCAACGGCACGGUUCACGGACACAAAACCUCGCCUUCUACUAAUUGCARUUGUUAAAGUGCACAUAGAAGGCGCUGAUUUUGUCGUAGAAGCCUCUGAUGUCCCAAUUAUGUGGAGAAGAACUUAG